AUGACAUAUAAACAAGAAACGUAUUAUCUUCAUUAUCGUCCAAUUUUUGACGUUAUAAAGGAAUUGUUGAGCAAUAAGGAUAUAUUUGCCCAUUGUACUUUUAAAUUUACACUAUUAAAUCAUAACAGAGAAAGAAUAUAUAACGAACAAUAUAAUGGACAAUGGUGGGAAAGAGUCCAAAAAUCACUUCCUAAUGGUGCAAAUGUAUUGUCAGUAAUUUUAUAUUCAGAUGCUACGACACGUGAUCACUUAGGAAAGACCAGCGAACAUCCCAUUUAUUUGACACUUGGUAAUAUAGUUAGUUGGCGCAGAAAUAGGCCUGAUGCCAAAAUACUUUUGGGUUAUCUGCCGAUCCUAAAGGCAAAAGAUAUUUCACAAAAGAGGUCAAAGAGUUUUCGGUUAGCCAAGCGAGUCCUUUAUCAAUAUGCUUUAAAUAUAUUGACACGAUCGUUACUUGACUAUAAUGGUGGAUUUGAUCUUCAAACAGAUAAUGGUAUAAAGUGGUGUUUUCCGUUUAUUUCCGUAAUGUUAGGAGAUUUACCAGAAAAUGCUGCGGUAACUUUAACAUUUAACUCUGUUAAUUGUCAAAACCCUUGUCAUAAAUGUUUGGUGAAGCGUGAGAAGCUGAACAAUGUGGAGUUAACAAACGAUCAAAUUAUCUUAAGAACACCAGAAAAUAUGAGAUGUCUUGUUGAACAAAAUUCUGCACAACAAUAUUCUCUACACGAUAUGAAAAACAUCUUUUGGAAUUAUCCGUACGUAUCACGUGAUUUUUAA